AUGGCAAAGGACUUUUCAACAGGGAAAUGGGACCCUUGCAAAACCAUCUUCGCCAUGGAGAAUAUGACUUACUCAGGUUUGCUCCCAUGUUGGAAAGUGACUUCGUGCAGGGCUGCUUCUGCAUUAAUCCUGUCCUGUUCUCUGCAGAUUAACAAGCGAGGAGAAGUGAUUGAUGUACACAAUCAAGUCCAGAUGGUGACUGUUGCAGUAGCCUGCACAAGCCCCAGUUUGCUGGUCCCCAACAUAUUACUUCUGGCUCGCCCCAUCUAUCCCCCUGAAGAGCCUCCUCCAAAGCUUAGAUCGUUCUCCCAUCCCCGCCCCCCAGCUAAGCGAUAUGAGCUCACCAGGCUUUUCCCUCUGUGUCUGGUUAGGAUCUCACUCCACAAUCCAGAGAAGAAGCAGCUGCGAUUCAAGCUGGCAAGUGGCCGUACCUUCUACCUGCAGCUCUGUCCCCAGCCUGGCACCAAAGAAGAUGUCUUUGGCUUGUGGGUCAAGGUGGUCAAUAUGCUGCGGCCACCUUCAGACUUGAGCACCAAAUCUCACAGCAAGGUUAAAACCCCCGGGAGACAUGAAACCUCCACUCCACCCUACAGGUCAAAGAGUCCAGCAGGAUCCUCCAAUCUAGAAGAAAAAGUGAGCAUUCAGAGUAUUUACUCAGCGUCUGAAACGCCCAGCCUUAUCCAUGAAGAUGUCACGAGCAGACAAAGUUUGAUAAUGUCCAUGGGGAGCCAGCCAAGCUCCCAAGUGCCCAGCUGGUCUCCCAUUGCCAGUGAAGAAAAGGCCUUUGACUUUGACAGCUACCCACUUUCAGAGGGAAGGAGGUCACCACAGCCUUUUGAAAGACCCCCCAGUCACAAAAGCCGAGGCAGUAGGAAGGAGAGGGCUGGAAGCAGUCAUUCUUCAACCAGGAAAACCAGUAAGAGCAGCAGAAAAAGCAGAAAGAAAUCACCCCGGAGAGACCGGAAACCCAGCAAGAUCCUCUCCCUUAUCAGAGCCUGCUCCUGGGGGAGCCGGCGGAAGAGCAAGUCUCGAGGCAAAGGAAAGAAACGCUGACCAAAGGCAGACCUUCAGUAGAGGAGCUUCUUCUCCACCUCACCAUAGUAAAAAAAACCUGGUUUUCAAAUGAGGUUGUUUUGCUGAGCAGAGGAUGGUGUUAA